AUGGGAAGCACGGGUGCUCUGAUCAACAAUCUACACCUAAAAAAUAACUCCCUUUGCUUCAAAUGCUUACGUUCGACCCCGAUUCCUAAAACUUCUUUGCAUAUCAACCCCAGAAAACCCAAGCUGUUGAGCUUCUCAAUUAAAAAGAAUUCGAAGAAAUUUACAAGGAUAGUUUGCUCUGCGGUUGAAGAUGCCAUCGAGAAGCAGCAAGAAUUGAGUAGUGGCAGCCCUAAUGGAGCUGACUUAGUUGUUGAAGAUAUGCAGGAUUCUAGUGAUGGCGCAAAAAGUCGUCUUCAGAAUAGCGAUACAGAUGAUGAUGGGAAUCCUAUUUACAAUUUUCUUUAUCCUAGUAAAGAGCUCCUUCCCGAUGAUAAAGAAAUGAGUAUAUAUGAUCAUCUAGAGGAGUUGAGACAGAGACUUUUCACGUCAGUUUUGGCCGUUGGAGCUACUAUGCUUGGUUGUUUUGUGUUCUCAAAGGAACUCAUUAUAUUUCUCGAAGCUCCAGUUAGUGCACAAGGUGUUCGAUUUUUACAACUAGCUCCUGGAGAGUUUUUCUUCACAUCUCUAAAGGUUUCAGGAUACUGUGGCCUCCUACUAGGAAGCCCUGUGAUUCUCUAUGAGAUGAUAUCAUUUGUUCUUCCAGGCUUAACAAAGGAAGAGAGAAGAUUCCUGGGGCCAGUUGUCCUUGGGUCCUCAGUUCUUUUCUAUGCAGGCCUAAUCUUCUCUUAUUACGUUCUCACUCCAGCAGCCUUGACAUUUUUCGUUAGUUAUGCGGAAGGGGUUGUUGAAUCACUGUGGUCUAUUGAUCAGUACUUUGAGUUUGUCCUUGUGCUCUUGUUUAGCACUGGAUUAUCUUUCCAGGUUCCAGUAAUACAACUGCUGCUUGGACAACUCGGAUUAGUGUCAUCAGAACAGAUGCUAUCUGUUUGGAGAUAUGUAGUGGUAGGAGCGGUGAUUGCUGCUGCUAUACUCACACCAUCAACGGACCCUCUUACUCAACUGCUUCUGGCUGGCCCCCUGAUGGGUCUUUAUUUGGGUGGAGCAUGGACGGAGAGAAACCUCACUCGGCGCGAUUCAGAACCUGGGAAGGAAGAAAAACUGAGUCUAGCGUUGAAUGGAGUCGGGGGAGAAGCGGAGAAGAGGGCUUAA